UAGGUUUUCUUCUCCUAUGGCUUUAAUAGUGUGUGCUGGCACCGAGAACAAGCUGAGCUCCCUGUCUGAUCUGGAGCAGCAGUACCGGGCACUGCGCAAGUACUAUGAGAACUGCGAGGUAGUCAUGGGCAACCUGGAAAUCACCAGCAUUGAGCACAACCGAGACCUCUCCUUCCUGCGGUCUAUCAGAGAAGUCACAGGCUACGUUUUGGUGGCUUUGAAUCAGUUUGAAUACCUGCCACUGGAGAACCUGCGCAUUGUUCGUGGGACCAAACUCUAUGAAGACAGAUACGCUCUGGCCAUAUUUCUUAACUACAGAAAGGAUGGUAACUUUGGACUCAGGGAACUUGGCUUGAAGAACUUGACUGAAAUACUGAAUGGCGGCGUGUAUGUUGGCCAGAACAAAUUUCUGUGCUUCGCAGACACCAUUCAUUGGCAGGAUAUCGUGCGUAACCCCUGGGCCUCCAACUUCACCUUGGUCCCAAUGAACGGCAGCUCGGGCUGUGGCCGAUGCCACAAGUCAUGCACUGGACGAUGCUGGGGACCCACAGAGAAUCACUGCCAGACCUUAACGAAGACAGUGUGCGCAGAGCAGUGUGAUGGACGGUGCUAUGGGCCCUACGUCAGUGACUGCUGCCACCGGGAAUGUGCUGGAGGCUGUUCUGGACCUAAAGACACUGAUUGCUUUGCCUGCAUGAAUUUCAAUGAUAGCGGAGCAUGUGUCACACAGUGCCCCCAGACGUUUGUGUACAAUCCUACCACCUUCCAACUGGAGCAUAAUCACAAUGCCAAGUACACCUAUGGAGCAUUUUGUGUCAAAAAGUGCCCGCACAACUUUGUGGUAGAUUCGAGCUCUUGUGUUCGUGCAUGUCCAAGCUCCAAGAUGGAGGUUGAAGAAAAUGGUAUAAAGAUGUGCAAGCCCUGCACUGACAUUUGUCCUAAAGCGUGUGAUGGCAUUGGAACAGGGAGUUUAGUGUCAGCUCAGACGGUGGAUUCCAGCAACAUUGACAAGUUCAUAAACUGUACCAAGAUCAAUGGCAACCUUAUCUUUCUUGUUACUGGGAUUCAUGGGGACCCGUAUCACACAAUUGCUGCAAUCAAUCCAGAGAAAUUAAAUAUCUUCCAAACAGUGAGAGAGAUAACAGGGUAUUUGAACAUACAGUCGUGGCCUGAGAACAUGACAGAUUUCAGAGUGUUUUCUAACUUGGUAACUAUUGGUGGAAGAGCUUUGUAUAGUGGCCUUUCUUUACUCAUCCUAAAGCAGCAAGGCAUUACCUCUUUGCAGUUUCAGUCCUUGAAGCAAAUCAGCGCUGGCAACAUCUACAUAACCGACAACAGUAACUUGUGUUACUACCACACUGUCAACUGGACCAGCCUCUUCAGCACACCCAGUCAAAAGACUGUGAUUCAUCGAAAUAAAAAAGCUGAAAACUGCACUGCUGAUGGCAUGGUGUGUAAUGAGUUAUGCUCAAGUGAUGGCUGUUGGGGGCCGGGGCCAGACCAGUGUCUCUCCUGCAAGCGCUUCAUCAGGGGAAGGACCUGCAUAGACUCUUGUAACCUGUAUGAUGGGGAGUUUCGAGAGUUUGCAAAUGGUUCUGUCUGUGUGGAGUGUGAUCCCCAGUGUGAAAAGAUGGAAGAUAAUAUGAUCACAUGCUAUGGGCCGGGACCUGACCACUGUACGAAGUGUUUCCAUUUUAAGGACGGUCCAAAUUGCGUGGAAAAAUGUCCUGAUGGCUUACAGGGGGCAAACAGCUUCAUUUUCAAAUAUGCCGAUGAGGAUCGUGAGUGUCAUCCUUGUCAUCCAAACUGCACCCAAGGGUGUAGAGGUCCCGCUAGUCAUGACUGCAUUUACUAUCCAUGGACACGCCAGUCCACUUUACCACAACAUGCUAGAACUCCUCUGAUUGCUGCGGGAGUUAUUGGUGGCCUCUUCAUCAUCGUCAUCGUGGGCCUGACGUUUGCUGUGUACGUUCGGCGCAAGAGCAUUAAAAAGAAGAGGGCAUUGCGAAGGUUCCUGGAGACUGAGCUCGUGGAACCCUUGACCCCAAGUGGCACAGCACCCAACCAAGCACAGCUUCGUAUCUUGAAGGAAACUGAGCUAAAACGCAUUAAGGUUCUUGGCUCUGGAGCCUUUGGAACUGUGUACAAGGGUAUUUGGGUCCCUGAGGGAGAAACUGUAAAGAUUCCUGUGGCCAUCAAGAUCCUCAAUGAGACCACUGGUCCCAAAGCCAAUGUGGAGUUUAUGGACGAAGCUCUUAUCAUGGCCAGCAUGGACCACCCACACCUGGUGAGACUUCUGGGUGUCUGCUUAAGCCCAACCAUUCAGCUAGUCACUCAGCUGAUGCCUCAUGGCUGCUUGUUGGAUUAUGUUCAUGAACAUAAGGAUAAUAUUGGCUCCCAACUUCUGCUAAACUGGUGCGUCCAAAUAGCCAAGGGAAUGAUGUACCUGGAAGAGAGGAGACUCGUUCACCGGGACUUGGCAGCGCGUAACGUCUUGGUGAAAUCCCCAAACCAUGUGAAGAUCACUGACUUUGGCCUAGCCAGGCUUUUGGAAGGGGAUGAGAAGGAGUAUAAUGCUGAUGGAGGGAAGGUGAGUACUCUACGUUUCUGGAGAGCCAUCAAGUGUAUACACUACAGGAAAUUUACCCAUCAGAGUGAUGUUUGGAGCUAUGGAGUCACUAUCUGGGAGCUGAUGACCUUUGGUGGAAAGCCAUACGAUGGAAUCCCGACUCGUGAGAUCCCUGACCUCUUAGAGAAGGGCGAGCGGUUGCCCCAGCCUCCGAUCUGCACUAUUGAUGUUUAUAUGGUGAUGGUGAAAUGCUGGAUGAUUGAUGCUGACAGUCGGCCUAAAUUCAAGGAGCUGGCUGCUGAAUUUUCUAGAAUGGCUCGAGACCCUCAAAGAUACCUGGUUAUUCAGGGAGACGAUCGUAUGAAGCUCCCAAGCCCAAAUGACAGCAAGUUCUUCCAGAACCUUCUCGAUGAAGAAGACCUGGAAGAUAUGAUGGAUGCUGAAGAAUAUCUUGUUCCUCAAGCCUUCAACAUCCCUCCUCCCAUCUACACUUCUAGGACAAGAAUUGAUUCUAACAGGAGUGAAAUUGGACACAGCCCUCCUCCUGCCUACACCCCUAUGUCAGGAAACCAGUUUGUGUACAGAGAUGGUGGCUAUGCUGUGGAGCAGGGAGUGCCUCUGCCGUACAGAGCCCCUGGCUGCGUCAUACCGGAAGCCCCCGUUGCGCAGGGGGCCACAGCGGAGCUCUUCGAUGACGCUUGCUGUAACGGCACGCUGCGAAAACAAGCGGCAGCCCUGGCACAAGAGGACAGCAGCACCCAGAGGUACAGCGCAGAUCCCACGGUGUUCAUACCUGAGCGGGUCGUCCGGGGAGAGCUGGAUGAGGACGGGUACAUGACGCCGAUGCGAGACAAACCUAAAGCAGAUUACCUGAACCCAGUGGAAGAGAACCCGUUUGUCUCCCGACGAAAGAACGGAGAUCUCCAAGCUGUGGACAACCCGGAGUAUCACAGCGCUCCGAAUGGGCAGCCCAAAGCAGAGGAUGAGUACGUGAACGAGCCGUUGUACCUCAACACGUUUGCCAACACCCUGGAAAACGCCGAGUACAAGAACAAUUUGCCAGAGAAAGCCAAGAAGGCCUUUGACAACCCUGAUUACUGGAAUCACAGCCUGCCCCCACGAAGCACCCUCCAGCACCCGGACUACCUGCAAGAGUACAGCACAAAAUACUUUUACAAACAGAACGGACGGAUCCGGCCCAUUGUGGCAGAGAAUCCCGAAUACCUCUCCGAGUUCUCCCUGAAGCCUGGCACUGUGCUGCCCCCACCACCCUACAGACACCGAAACACAGUGGUGUAGUAACUGCGGUCUUACAGCAGUGGAAAGGCGACCCCUUCUAGCUGCCUCUCUCUUUCUCUCUCUUCCUCUCCCUUUCUUUCUCCCAUGAGCUUCCUCUUCUUGCCCAUUCCCUCAUUUUUGAUAUUUCCAAGUGAAAAGACAUCUUGGAGUCAUUUGCAGAUUGGGUUGGGAACCUGGAAGGAAGGAAGGAAAGAGACUGAAAGGAGGAGUACAGCCUGGCCUUUCUCACUUGCCGCAGAUCCGGCGGGUCCGACGGUCAGAGAAGCCAGACAAUACCAGUAAAGCCAGUGGCAGUGUUGCCUGCUCUCGAGCUCGUUCUCAGUGAUCCAACCCAGACGCUGUGGGGAAAGUCGCACAGAGUCUGUUUCUUUUGGCAGGAGCUGAUGAGAGUCUGUUCAGCAUUCCUGGAAAUCUUGAUGCAGUUUCCGUUAGAGGGGGGGGG